UCUGUCCCUGUGCUCCGGCCGCGGCGGCCCCGCUCCCCGCCGGGGCUGCGGCGAUGGGGCCCGGCCGGGCUCCGGGCGCUGCCGCGUCUCGCACCACCUUCACCCCGCCAGGCCUGCCUGUAGCUCGGGCUGGGGGCCCUUGGUGGCCCUGGGAGCUGGGUGAGGAGGUCGGCCCUCCCUCUCCUUCCAGAAGUUCUUCCCUUGCCCUGCCUGGAAGAGACUCCUCGAGGAGGUGACUGCUGCACCCGGGGAUUUUUACACUAUAGGGGAGGUAAAACCAGUUCUGCUUGGUCCUCAGCUUGCAGGAGGGACCUCGCCUCCGGGGUGGCCCCGCAUCUUUCCCGAGUGUCCUGCUUUCUGCAGGGCCUGUUGCUUUAGGAAGCCAGACUCCGAAAUUCGAGGACACACAAAAGACCUAUUUUCCAAACUAAAAUAUUGGCGAGCGUCCUUUGUAUAAAACUCUUCUAAUUUAAGCUUAGGGGUUUUUUUUAAGAUUUGCAUAAUUUUCUAGUCUGGUCAACAGAGACUCGCAGCUGCAGGGCUGGAACACAAGGUUCAAGUAAAGCUUCAAGUUUCUUGGACUUUGUUUCCAGCAGAAACCAGGACAGGGUUUAAAGCCUAGGGUACUUGUGGAGGAAGUCAUUACUGGAAAGCCUAAUUGUCCAAGGCAAGAAAAUGAUGUUAACAGUUCAGCAAAGAAACUAAGCUUAAGGAGGGGGAUGUAUCAGUGGCUUGGGUGUUAGAGAGAAAUCUGUUGAGGAAUCUGAGAAACAAAUUUACAUCGGAUCUAUUUACUGUAGAUUGAAUCACUGUUAGGCUUUUUGAAAGACUAGCCCAACUAUGUUGUCUCCUGUUUACAUGCUCCUUUUGUAGUUGCUAUCUACAGGUAUAUUGGGAUCUGUUUGCCUCCUAGGUGACCUUUUAAGGGCUGUGAACAAAUCACAUUAAUAUUUUCAUGAAAUAAAACUAAUUUAUAGCAUGACAUUUGUUUUAUAGAGGUAGUUGCAAAAUACUACAAAACCUGCAUACCAUAGCUAUUCUAACUUUCACGUAUGUUCUCUUUUUUCUUCCCCUGUAGUUGUUUUGGUUUGGUCUUUUCUAUUAUGGGGAAUUCUUAACUGGAAGUAGGCUGGAGAAAAAUGUGACCUUUUACACUAGGAAUUCAUGUCGCAGACCUGAAAAACCUGGGACACUGAAUUUUUAGAAUAAUUAAUAUUAAAAAUAUAGCAGUAAUAGUGAGCUUUUGACUGGAAUGUGUUACAAUGACAGUUAAUUAUAUAACAUGCAUUCUUGUCUUAAGUUAGUAAACUAACAUUCAUGAAAUAUAAGCUGGGGAUUUUUGAGAAUAUAGCCAGUUAUAUGGCAGGUUUUGGGGUUUUUUUCCAAAUGGACUUAGAGAUUCAUAGUUGAAUUUGAUAUAAAUCAUUCACAGUUUAACUCUGCCUGUACAGUACAAAAAGGUAUUUUUUUAACUUGAAAACGGCUUCUGCCUUUCCUUGCUGGAUAGUUUAAAUGUUAUUUCAUGUUUUUAACUUCUCAAGUGAUAUUACAGCUACAACAAGAUAACAGGGUCCCAGCAACAUCAUAUGCUUGGAAAGUAGUAUUUAUUUCUUCUCUUCUCAGAAAAAUGGCCCAUGUCCCAGUCCUCUUUCAUCUUUGCAUGCUUUGAGAAGAGGAUAAAGAUGAUGUGUAGUCUUGGACUCUGAUUCAAUUACUUGCUUUGCAUAGCUCUGAAAUUCACGCUCUUUACCACGUGCAAUAGCUUCUUUCUCAGCUUCAUAGUCCAAGUCUGCUUGUUUUUCCUGCUGUCGUUUUGCCUGCUUUUCAGCCUGAUGAAGAAAAGGGAAUAACAAAGCUUAGUAUUUUGUUUUCAACAUCACUCUCUUGUAAAGCAUAGAGAGGGUAAAAGCUUACAGGAGAUCUGUGGCACUGUUAAUUGAUACUUGGCACUUGUCAUCCCUCCCCACUCCUCUCCCCUGCGAUAUGCCCCCAGAAGGGAACAUUAAACGGAUGAGUGAACAUCAGCAUUAGCUACUGCUCUUUGGUGACCUGCCCGGAAGAUACAGGAGAGUAGCAGUAGAACAUCAUGGCACAAAACAGGAUGUGAUCUGUCAUUGCAAACCAGCCUUGACUUGCACCAAUGCUCUGAGGAGGCUGCUCUCCAACACCAGCAUAUGCAGAGCACACAUGAUUUAAAGAAAAACAACACCCAACGAACAAAAAAACCCAAAAUACCCAGCAAGCUUCAUUUCUUCCUCUCAGCAUGAACUAGUGCUGUUGGUUUAGAUAAGUGUUUCUUUCUGAAAAGGUUGACAGGGUACAGCUCUCUACUUACUAUUUGCUGGAUCUGAAUUUUCUGUACUUCCUUGUUUGUGCCAUGUCGUCCUUCUUUCUUGGCUUUUUCCAUUUCUUGGUAGAUGCGGGCGUUUUCCAUUAACACAUCACGUUCUUUUUCAGCCUCUUCUUUUUCCUGUCUCUCCUUUUCCUCUUUCAUCUUAAUCUGUAGUUUACAAAACACACACAAAAAGUUAACCAAGGAGGUGUCCUGCUAAGCUGAAAGUCAUCUCUCUCAGCAGAAGCAGCCCUGUAUCAACGCUCCGAGAAGCAUUGUCAUUGUGGCUGGCCAGUCUCCAAGCCCAGGGUUUUCAGCAGCCCUGGCAGAUGUGCACCCAACGUGGAAGUGGGAAAGGGAGAGGGGACCCCAGGAAAGAUGUCAGUGGACUUGAUGAAGCCUGCUGAGGCAUGGCACCAGAGCCAGCUGUGAUCUGGGCCAGGCUCCUCAGCUGGAGUAAGCAGCAGUAAGAUCAGCCCAGGUUUCUUACCACAGUGGCUCUGUAUUCAGCAAUAGAUUCAAUGGCAGCCUUCUGUCUUGCUUCUUUCUCUUUGCGUUUAUUUUCUUCUGCAGCUUCUAUUUUUGCAACAUCUCUAGCAAGUCGAUCGUCUUCCAUCUUUAAUGCCUCACCCAAUUGUUUAGCUAAUUGAUUAACGAUUCUGUCCUGUUGUUCCUGUGUUUUUCUGCAGAAGAACAUGAGCUGCUAUAACAUACCAGGGUAACACACCUGGGUCUACCUGAAGCUACCAAACUCAGCAAUCCUGCUUCUAGUCUUCUCUUCUCUUGCCACAGAGGCUGGCCCACCCACCCAACUCAAUGAUCUCCUCGCGUUCCUCCUGUUUGUUUUUUUAAAUAUUAUCUUGUUUAGCAAAUAAAUGUUCCCUGUAUUCAUGUAACACCGGCUUUCUGUUGCAAUAAUGAGCUCAGUGAGGAGUCCACCUAGCACCUUGCCAUCAUAAGAGAAAUUUUGGGAGUAUUAGACAAAAGCAGGAAGAGAAGGAAACUCUUAGAUUGACUCAGUGGUAUCAUCAUGUUGUACCUUCAAUGUUAAAUUGAUAAACCAUCUCCCCUUAAUAAGAACCCAAUGUAAUCGAUUAAUAUAUGUGCUUAGUUAAGAAGUCAAAUAAUUUUUUUUUAUCUGACUCAGAGAAAUUUAGCUUAUACUCAAAAAUAUUUUCAUCAAGGAUCUUAAUUGUCUUUAAUUGUUGAGGAGGUUGGAGGCUUGGCAGGACACAGGAAAACCACUGUUCCCAAUACACUGGUGUAAAGCUUUGUACUUCCAUAAGCCUUUGUACUUUGAAGGGUGGAGAGAUUGCUCCCUAGCACACUUAGUACUAAGGAACCUGUGAAAGAAUUUCCUUAUUCUCCUGAAUUCCAUACUCUCUCUAUCAGUAAAUUGUUGAUUGUGUUACGUCAUUGGUCUGAAAGCUCUGACUACAGUAUAAUUUUUAGUUUAUUUACAGUUUACCCUCUAGCUUUGUACCCACCUACGCAUUUCAGCUUCUUUCGUUUUUCUCAUCCGGGCAAUAGUUUGCUUUGCUUUAAAAUGAGCUUUGAUCCGAUCAUCUUCUUCCAUUUGUUUUUGUUCCUCUAUUGCUUUGAUUAUUUUCUGGUCAGCUAUGUAUUCCUGUAUGGUCAAAACAGUCCCUGAUGUAACAGAUAAAGUUUAGAAUAUCUGGGCCUAGGGUAGCAACUUAACAAGGAUCACUCCCUGUUCUCUCUUCUCAUGUUUCUUUCCAAGGGAGAAGAGAGGAGAGACUUUUCAGGACUUCCACUUACUCCCUAUUCAAACAUGCAUGAAGAGGAGACAGCAGAUGUGAGGAAGUGGAAGGGGAACUGAGCAUCAAACACGUGCUUCUCCAGCAUAUUGCACAAACAAAUUGCUGUGCAAUACAGAGAGCAUUAUCCCAUACUCCCAUUCACAGACAUGGGAGAAUGGGACAGUGGGAGGCAUGGGACUGUCCAACCCCCACCAACAGCCACACAGACCAUACUUCUCCUGGCCCAUCUCUUCCAAAACUAUCCCAGUCUAAGAGCUUAAUCCAAAACAUAGCUGAAAAAGAGUUUUCUAUACUUUUAUGUCAAAAAACAACUGUCUUUUGCAUUCUGGUCAAAACCAUUCUAAAGCACUUCCUAGUUUGUACUUAGCAAGAUGCUGUUUAAGAUGAAAUGAAAAGGCAGCAGGUCUUGACUAAAUUUCUAAACAUCUCCAAUCAUAAGCAGAAAGUCAAAAAGAUAUGUUCAGUCUCAGGCUAUUCCCUCUUUCUAACAAAGAAAAAUGGGCUUAAAACAGCAGGAAUGUGAAACUUAAAUCCAGUUCUCAAAUCAAGAAGAAUAUUUCUUCAUAUCUACAGCCGAAUCCUUAAUCAUAGACAAGUCAAAACAUCGUGCCAACAAGGUGCCAACGUCCCUUCAGACAAAGAAGAGAAAAGCCUCCAAGAGGCUUUUCUCAAAAGCACAGAGUAAAGACAUGGCCUGCAACUGGCAGGGGAGGCAUUUGAUCCCGUGCUACUGAAGCUGUUGGCAAACUGUUGCCAGUGGGCCCAUUUAUUUGUGGGAUGAGUGCAACCAUUACAGCCAAGGUGAAACAAGCAUUUUGAACUAUCUGCUUUCCUGUUACUUACAUGAUACAGCCUCCGGCGUUCAGCUCUUUCCUCCUGUUCCUUUUCCUUUCUUCUCUGAAUUUCCAGUUGGUGCAGUUGAUUCAAUCUCUCUAUUUCUUCUGCUUCUCUUUUGAUUUCUAUCUUGGCCAGAUCUGCCUGAUGCUCGUGCUCCUUUAUUCUGAAUUGGAAAAAGGUGAAUAAAUGGGCUAGAAACUGCAUGAAGUAAUGAACAGAUAUAUAUUCUGCAUAACCAUAGGUACCUUGCACUGAAGAAUGUGAUACUUUGAGCUGAAGGUAGGUAGAAUAUCAGAGGUGAAAAACAGCAUGAUUGUAAUGGUAGCCCUCGGUCCUCUAGCCAGAAAUGAGCUACAUGGUAUGCUCACAGUUUGCAGUCUCAUGGUAACAAGUUUUAGCUGGAUGACUCAUUAAAACCAUUGCAUUCAUGGCGUAGCUCUGCAACAUCCUCAGAGAACAAGAUUUCCCCAGUGAGACCCACCGUACCUGUGCUUCUCCUUCUGGGCAUGCAGACAGCAGCUUAAGCUGGUAGUGUUUUAUGUAUUUAUAUGUUGGGCCUGGAAUGUGUGAGACCAGACUUUGAACCCUUCCCCUGCCUUGGGAAAUUUGAUUCCUUCUUUCAGAGCACCAGGGUCAGCCGUAUAAAUACCACUGGGGACCCCUCCAUAAGAUUUCUGGAAGAGCUGAGAGCAAGAAUAAGAAGUGACAGUAAUGCGUUCUCUUGAUGGGCAGUCUGGAAACUAGUUCUGAGCAAAUGGAAAUUCUGGUUUAACCUUUUCCUUCUCUGGAACCAAAACUGAGUUAAACACAGUUAAAUUUAAGUAACAGCAUUAGAACAGUGAUUUGACUAAAACCUAUUGAUGCCUGCCAGAGAUGAUUUUGCAUGCAGACUGCUGGCAACUAAAAAUGUAUAUUACAGCUUUUCUGUUUUGGGCAAGAUCUUCUGUGGCAGUUUGAAUUUUUCUUUUAAAGUGUGGCAUUUGUGAAUCAAAUUAUUAGUAGGUUUCUGUAAAAACCUUGUAGAAUAAAUUUGUGAUAAAAGUUUAAGUAAAGAAUAAAGUAGGGUUGCUUUUAAUUAUUACUUACUGUUCCAGCUGAUAUUUGCGUAGUGCUUGCUCCUUCAUAUAAUGCUGCUGUUCCUUUUCUUGCUCUCUGAGAAUGUAUUCUUUGAAUUGACGUUCCUCUUCUUCACGUUCCUUCUUUUUGUUAACAACUGACUUCAACUUUUGAAAUUCAACUUGAGCAUCUCUUUCUUUUAGGACCUCAGUAAGCAGAAGUGCACUCUGCAAGAGAACAUUUAAAGUAAUUUGUGUGUUCAGAAGUCUUUAAAGACAUUCAGUACAAUUUGAAUUUAAAAACCGUAAGUUGUCAACAAACGUGGAACUGUUUCAUUCUGUCGUUCUGAUAGGAUAGGUAGGUUUUUGCAUGAUCGAUAAUCUCCUUCCGUUUUGCUGCUCGGAACUUUGCUUCUUCCAAAUCAAGUAACUUUCUUUCUUCCUCUUCCCUUUCUUCACGUAAUUUUUUGGCUUUAAGUUUCUCUUGUGCUAGGCUCUGUAGUGCAGACAAAAUCAGAAAUCACAUUUGAAUUUUGGGUAGUGGGGGUUUUUUUGUUUAAUUUUGCAUUUUAGCUUUAAUUAAAAAAAAUAAAUGUUUAUGUUAGAUAGUAAACAUAUUUAAAUGGAGUUUAGUUAAUAUACAUAUUCAAAAGUAAAUGCUAAACAAAGAGAGUACAGCUAGAAAUGUUACUAUGAGUGUUUUGGUAUAUAUGAAAAUGACUACUCUUGUUUACAAAUGUAUCUUGUACUUACCACAGUGGCAUUGGGCGGGUCUUUUACAGCAGCUUUGGAGCCUAAGUGAAUUUCUUCCUGUUCUUUCUUCUCAUCGAGGAUGUGUGCUGCUUCUUUAGUGCUGUUCUGAAUCCUUUCCCAUUCUGCUUUUGGAAAUACAAUUACCUGACGAAGAUCUGCUUCAUUUGGAAGGAAAUACCCAUCUGGAACAUUAUUUUCUUCCAAAUGAUGUGGUGCUGUGCAGAGGGAAGAAAAAAUACUGAGGUUACUUGAUAUCAGAAAAUCCAAUAUUCAAAUGUGUAUCAGGAUUUGAAUUCUCACAUAGUAACAAUACUAAGUUACUCUCUUCAUCCCCAUACCCCAAAGCUAAGACAGGGUACCUGUAUCUGUAGUCUAACUAUGGCCAGUGCAUGUACUUGGACUGUGGCACUGACUGACUGAUCUGUUUGUAUGUCACUUUGCCUGUCUGUGUGUAUGUACAGGUUUGGCUUGUAGCAACUCGCAUUUUCCAGGCAGUACUUGGGCAUGAUUCUGAGAACAGCAGGGACGAGGGACCAUUCCCAAAAGGAAAAGGAAAAUAUUGGUAAUGUCAUUCCACUGGCUGGAUGAGGCAGCAGUUUGAGCACAGGCUGUGCCUUACUACCCUUGUCCUGCACACUCAUUGUAUUUACUGAAAUAGAUCAGUUAUAGAACAUUUUCUUGAUUUGUUGGCAAGACUAGCAUUUCUUCAUUGCAUUAGGGUCACAUACACGUGCAUACAUAAAGGCAGAUUUUCUAGAUGAUCACUAGGUUUUGUGAAACGCUCUUUCAAGUGUCACCACCAUUUUUGGAGGCAAUGGCACACUGCAUGGAGUGAUGUCCUGUAGAAAUUCUCCGUUUGUCUGAUUUGUUGCAGACUGACAUGCUGUGUCCGAGGUGUAAGGAGGCUUUCUCUUACACUGACACCGAUGUCAAAGGCUAUUUCCCAGAUGCCGUGUUGCUAAUCUGUUCGUCUCAUGAUAGGGCGUGAUCCUCCCUGUCCCAGGUGAAGGCAGCCUUGCCAAAAGUAAAGUAAAGGUGCACUGAGGUGGCACCUCGUUCUUCCCCAACUGCUGCCACGGGAGUUCACGGGACCUGCGCUGGGUUCAGGCAGUUCUUGGGCCGAAACUGCCCCGUCCUGCUGUCUGCAGCUGGGGGAGCUUUGGGGACAGUCACGCUGGGCACCCCCACAGCCUCCCGGGGCCGUGCGCUGCCCCCCCGCCGGUCCCGGUGCCCGCGGGGGAGCCGCACUCACGGGCGCUCGGCCGCCGCCGCCGCCGCCGCCGUCCCGCCGCCAUCGCCCCGGGCCCCGCCGCCAUGUUCCGGGACGCGGGGCCGUUGCCGGGCGACCCGGCGGCGCGCGGUGACGUAAACGUGGGCGGAGCGGGGGCCGCGCGGGUGGGGCGGGGCCGGCCGGGCGGUGUCGGCCCCGGUGUCGGCCCCUCUGCCUCUUACCCGCGGGUCCCUCUCCCUUCCCCGCAUGGCGCUGCCCCUUCACCGCGGGUCCCUGCCCUUUCUCCGCACGGGGCUGCCCCCUCGCCCAGCCCUUCGGGCGCCCGCCGUGCCCCCGCCGGCGAAGCUGCGCUGCUUUAGCCCUCGGCGGCGGCUGGGAGGGGGCGGCCCGAGUCCUGCGCGGGGCACGGGCUGCGCGGCGGGCCCGGGGACCUGCCCGUGAGGGGCAGCAGAUUCAGCUUCACAAAGGGCUGCGUUUCUUUUCGUGGGCUGCUUUGAUUUGGCGCGUCCUCGUUGAUGCCUUCCAGCUAUGAAAUUGCUGUUGGUUUUUGAUUUUGACCAUACAAUCAUAGAUGAAAAUAGUGAUACCUGGAUUGUGAAAUGUGCUCCAGAGAGAAAACUUCCUAAUGGAUUAAGAAACUCCUACCAACCAGGACACUGGACAGAAUAUAUGGGCAGAGUCUUUGCCUACUUGGGAGACAAUGGUGUCAAAGAAGAUGAAAUGAAAAGAACUAUGACAACAAUUCCUUUCACUGCGGGAAUGGUAGAUCUUCUGGGGUUUAUUGGUGAGAACAAAGAGUUGUUUGAUUGCAUUAUUGUUUCAGAUUCUAAUACAGUAUUUAUUGACUGGAUUUUGAAAGCUGCUGACUUCCAUGAGGUUUUUGAUGAAGUGUUUACAAACCCUGCAGCAUUCAGCAGUGCUGGCUAUCUUACUGUACAGAACUUCCAUGCUCACCAUUGUGCAAAGUGCCCAAAAAACCUUUGCAAAAGGAAAGUUUUAAAAGAAUUUCUAGAUAAACAGUUGGAGCGAGGAGUUAGUUAUACGCAAAUUAUGUAUAUUGGUGAUGGUGGGAAUGACUUAUGUCCAGUAAUGUUUUUGAAGAAGAAUGAUAUUGCUAUGCCCAGGCAGGGGUAUACCUUGGAGAAAAAGAUUUCUCAACUGGCUCAAGAUCUCAGUCCUGUACAGUGUUCUGUUCUGGUUUGGUCAUCUGCUACUGACAUUAUGUCUUACCUGAAACUCCUUAUAAAGGAAUAAUUCAAAUGAUAAAAGUAAACUGAUGUAUUAACUUCCUGGGACAGAAAAACUGCAUGUAUAUAGAAGCAUAAAAUUGGAAAUUUGGGCUAAUAUCUGAACUGACUUUUUCUAAACACAGUAUAAAGCUGUUUAUGUUCAAUCUUGGCAAUAUGAGGAAAGUGAAGUAAAAAAGGCCUUCUAACAUAGUACACAUUCCAACCUAAGUGGAGGAGGGGGAUUUUGAGAGGACUUGUCAUUAUUCUUAGUCUACUCCCUCCCCACCAAGCCUUUACCAACUAUAUAACUGACCUUUGCUGUCCCACAUACUUGGGGGAAGGAGUAGGAUUAGUGCAAAAAAGAAUGACAUUCUUUAGUUAAAAAACAUUAGGUGACAGAAGCAUGGUUCUGGAACUGUUGGCUUUUAUACUUCUUUGAUCUGAUUGUAAAUUAUUUGGUAUGCUUGUGAUCUUGUUUCAUCUGAAGAAGCAUCUCUAUUUUCAAUCUACUAAAUAUUUUACCAGACAAAAUGACUUUUUAAUAGUUUGUAUUAUCUUGUAUUGUAAAGACAAUAAAAGUUGCUGUCACUGA